GGAGAGAGAGAGGGGUACUAUACCCAACAUUAUCUAGACACAGUCUUUUGCCGCUACAUGUAGCUGAUGGUUGGUCAUCACCUAGUCUUACCACAAAUCUAUCCAUUUGCUUUUGUAUUAUAAUUAGUACAUGUGCAUGGUUCUAUAGAUACGGUUCACAAUUUCAAACCAGCAUACCAAUUUACAUGGAGUUGCCUGUCAAUGCACAUUGCCAGGAAUACAUUGCUAAUAGGCACCAACAAAAACAAUAUAGGGGGUGUGGUGACCAGAAGUGGGCGUGGCCUCAAAAUGUUUUCCCUAGCGCGCGGUUCCUUUUUUAACUUCCCCCCAAACUUAAAAUCCUGGAUAAAACCCUGCCUCUCACUAGAGGGCCUGGUAACCACCGUUUGCGCGUGGGUGGGUUUAAUAGUAAUUUAUCUUUUGUACUAUGGUCACCCACGUGGUUGAUUAAACUAUUAGUGUCAAGAGAGAGAAAUCGCCAUCACAACUCUAGGCUCAUACGAGGAGCACUGAUCUUACUCAAAUGGCAUCAAACAAGCGUCUGGAAGCAAGUAGACUUGCCAGAGCCGGUAGGUACUGACAGAAAAACGCCCACCACUCUACCACAGUACAAAAGAAGUGACUUUUCAACACUGGAGAGAGCUUGAGCAAGAGCAGAACAGAAGUACAAGCCAUCACAACAAAACUACUCACUAGUCUAGGUCAUAAAUGUUGUAAGUAGCUGUGUUAUUUUGCUGAUUUGUGCAAUGACAUCAUUGUAAAUAUACAGUAAUUUACUAAGAUAUCUCGACCCCCAAGAUUCUUGGGGGGCAAUUAACGCAUGCGCAGACAGUGUAUACCAGGCCGUCUUUCUCAAUUGAGAGCGGCCUGGAAUCGAGGCUAGCUAUAUAGCUGCAUGGAUAUCCAUCUGGAAGGACUCUCCGGGCACGCUGAAACAAUGCGAGACAUAUAUGAGGUGGACUUGGACUUUUUUGUCCAGUUAUCGAAGAACAACCACGGUAUCACAGGAGAUCGCUUCACUAAACUACUUGAAGUGUGGCUUCAGUCCUCACUCAACCCCACCUGGUCUGAUCUGGUUAAAGCCCUGAGGUCAUCAAUCAUUGGCCGUCCUGACAUUGCUGAUGAGAUUGAGGGCAAGUACAUCAAGAGUGAUGACUUCUCAGUGCAGAAAAGCAAGGACACAGCAGCCUCUGUUGAAGAGCAGUUGAAAUACUUACACAAGCUGAACGAGUUGCUGACAGAUAAGAAGAACACCAUCAACCUCCGCUACCUCAAACUGUACCUAAUUGGCCUUUCAGGGCUUGGCAAAACCACCUUCCGAAAACGUCUGCUGGGUCACCUACUUAACCUGGCAUCAAUCCCACCACAAGACAGAGAACGCUGCAGUACUCUUCUUGCCGAGUGUAAUCAAGUCCUGGCUGUGUCAAGUGACUCCAAAUUGAUUCUCAAAUCCUCCACAGAUAUUGAAAAUGAAACACAACUGAUUUUCGCUUACAUGAUUGGCCUUCAGCAAGUUGUAAAAGCCGCCAUUUCCAAAACUGUAGUCGAAUCUGCGGCUGAUGCAACGAAUGAUUCCAUUAAUGAUUUAAGGCUAAAAGAAGAUUCGGAUACUGCUCCCACAGAUGAAGUGGAUUCAAGCAAAGAGCAAGGAAGCAAACAACCCAAAUCACAGGCUCUAGAAACCGAUGUUGCCACAAACGAAGCUCAGCCCGCAGAGGCAAGCACAAAGCAAGUUCCCCAGGAAGGAGCAAGCAAGCCAGCCAAACCAAAGGCUCCAGAAACUAAGGUCGACAAGAUCAUUGAAAACCUUCGAGAUAUUGUCAAGCGCGGCAAUUACAUGGAACAGUUGGUGGGCAAAGCUUUGCUCAACAUCAUCGACAUAGGUGGACAGCCUGCCUUUUUGGAGAUGCUUCCAUUUUUGAGCAAAGGCCCAGGGAUGUUUCUCGCUUUCUUCCCUCUCAAUAAAGAUCUCGACGAGCUUUAUGAAGUUUCCUACGAACGUGACCAAGACAAAAUCACACCGUACCAAGCAAAGUAUACGAUUCGAGAGACCCUCUCCCAAAUUCUUUCAGCCAUCAGCCAUCACGUCACAGUUGAUUCGGAUUUUGAUUCCGAGAUUGCAGAUAAAGUUGAACAUUUCCGAGAUCUUCAAGCUGUCGUGAGUCUAGUGGGCACUUACCAAGACAAGUUGGAAAUUCAAGCCAAGGCAGAAGUCAUUCAGUCAAAGCUCAAGGGGGAUUACCCCAGUUUUGACCCCAACACCCAGGGCGCUGCAAUACAGCUAAUUCUGGAGGUGCAGCAAGAAAGUGAAAAUGAGCAGAAGGUGGAGGAGAUAUUUUCCAAACUAGAGGCAGAGGUUGGCAAGCAACUUGAAUUGGACUCGUUUUCAAAAGACCUGGUGGAACAUGUGGAGCAAAAAGCAAAAGUGAAGGCUACCACUGAAAAACAGCAGAAACCAACCACACCACGAGAGGAUACCGAAUUGCGAAGCAAAGUGGAAAUCCUCGAGAAAACUCUACCUACUGAAGUCAAAAACAGAUUGAAACCGAGCGCACCCAAAGCUGUUCAACUUUUGCUCCAGUUGAAGCAAUGUAACGAAACCCUCUCCAAGCUAGCAAGUGCUGUUGUCCAACAGUUGAGCACAGAUUCUACCAUUCAAGCCGAAACUGAAAAGCGUUUGAAGACAAAACUCCAAGAGAAACACGAAGCCUUACGCACCAUUACCUCACAUUUUGACGACAUCAUCAACCACCCAGAUGACAGUCACUUCUUUUCUGUGGACAACUUCAGUGGCAAAGAUGCUGACAUUGAUCCAAUUCGUGAACACCUUCAAACAGUGUUUGACUUGUUUUUUGAAGAUGCCAAUCUCCCGAUUCGCCCUGUACAGCUCCUUUUUGGGGUCAUUCUGAGAAAAGAAUUUGAAAUUGCAACGAUGGAAGAGUGUAUUCAGAUCGGCAAAGCAUUGAAGAUGGAUGAAGAGGAGGUGAAGUUCACCAUUUGGUAUUUGCACCAGUGUGUGGGGGCCCUUCUCUACUACCCUGACAUCAAGGACAAGGAGUCUUACUUCAAAAACCGUGUCAUCUGCAGUCCCAAUGUUGUCUUCAACAGCAUCAGUCUCCUGAUUGUCGAAUCUCUUCUAUCUCUACACUCAUGUGAUUGGUCGUCUCAAUUCACCGCCGCCGAUAUCAAGAAGUGGCAAGAACUUGGGCAAUUCUCGAUUACUAUGAUUAAACGCUGCUGCUCCAAGUCAAACAAGGCAAAAGUGAAGGAAGGUGAUUUGAUCCCGGUCGACAAGCUUGUGAAGUUGCUUGAGCAUGUCAGUCUCCUUGCACCCAUAUUUGGUAAAGGUCGCCGAGAGCCACUCUACUUCAUGCCAGCUAUCCUCGAAUGUGCCUCAAAGGAUGAGCUUUCAAAUGCUCCAGCCAUCGACUCCAACACACCCUCUCCAAUCAAGAUCACCUUCAAGUCUGGCUAUGUGCCCAUUGGUGUCUUCUGUGCCAUGAUCAGCAAGUUGGUUUCCGAGGGACAAUAUGACAUUUUGGGGAUGGAAUGGAAUCUGCGAGAAUCUCGUGUCAUGAGAAAUCUGGUUUCUUUCAAUGUCGAUAGUGCCAAACACCACAUCACGCUGGUAGCCCACGCCGACUGUUACGAGACUCGAAUCACCAGAAAAGAUGAUUGUGACAUGCAUGAUCUCUGCUCCUAUGUGCUGACUACCGUCCUGUAUGUGAUGAGUGGAAUUAGCAAGAAAAUCGAGCCGAUUAUUGCAUUCGAUUGUCAGUGCCCAAAGCAUCAAAACGCUGAAGAAACGAGUUUGUGCAAGUUGAUGGAGGGUCGCAGUCCUUUCUUUCAGUGUGGGGAUGAUCGUGUUUCUCUGCCACCACAUCAGGAAUGUUGGUUUGCAAAGGAAGUUAAAUUGAAUGAGGCAGCUGUUCUGAAAGCUCUGCCAUUUGCUGACCCUGAUGACCUCUCCUUCAAGUGGACCAGGAAAGGCAAUAAGGUGGCGGGUGGAUCAGAUAACGAGCUCACUGUGGACGAAGUGACGAGGGAUCAUUGCGAUGGGUUCUACACUUGUGAAGUAUCCAAGAACAAGCAGCUCUGCUUCAAAGUGCACCACUGCUUGAAAAGUAUCAGUGAGGCCACAGCUACAGGUGGUGACAUAACUCUCAAGACUGUCAAAGAUGCUACUUGGGAUGCUCGUGCAAAGUGGUACCACCUGGCUAUUAACUUGGAUGUGGACGGUGGAACUAUUGAUAGUAUCAGAGAGACUAACUACAAUAACACGGAGAAGUGUUUUGUUGCAAUGCUGGAGGCGUGGUUCAAGAAGGGAUCUCCGAGCUGGUCGGUCAUGGUGGAGGCUUUGAGAGGCCGUGGGGUUGAGGGAGGGACCCUAGCCAACAAUAUCGAGAGGAAAUUCAUGAACACUUACUAGUUAGCGAACCAACUUCCACAAUAAUUAUAAACUUGUGCAAUUAGUUAUUUUUAUUUUGUUGAUUGUCAUCAUCAUACAUGCAUGUAUAUAAUAAUUAUAUUUUUAUAUGCAAGGGUAGGUCGUACUCAUCAUAUACAACACUGGAUUCAAGAACUUUUUGAUG